UAUUUUCUAACUAAAAUGUUAAUAGAAACAUUCUUAUAUGAAUUCAUAAUAUAAAUUGUUGCUAAAGUAUUUUGCGACAUCAUUGUUUAUAUGACGUAAAACGUCCAAAGCAAAUUUCAACAGAAUGAGUGAACAAAAGCGAAUAAAUUCGGGUCGCAGUAUCCCAUCAGCAUCGGCUGGUACCAGACAGAAGUCAGCCAAUACUGAGAAGGAGGAAAGAACAGGAUCACGAAAUCUGGCAAGCCGCGAAGAAGAGUAUAUGAAGCUUAAUGCAGAAUUAGAAGCAAGAACAGCAAACCUAGUCAAAGAAGCAGAAGAUGUAUUGAAAGGUCAAGAGUCCAUACUAAGUGAACCAAAACUUCUGGAAAAAAUCAACACAGACGAGUUUAUGAAAGUUUUUGAUGAUGACUUCACAUCUGCAAAUGAGAACAAACCCGACACUGGAAGAUCUGAAGCAAAGGGAUCAACCAGUCGACCACCAUCAGUCUCAAAAUCAACAAACCAGUCCAGACCACAGUCAAAGACUAAGAAACCAGUCUCUGCAAAGUCCAGGGUAAAGUCAGGCAAAAGCAAAGUGGACGAUGUAGCCAUGGUGGAGGAUGCAUUUAUGACAGAGUUUAAGGAGUUCUCACUACAGAAUGUUGUUGAUAACUUGGAAGGAAUGGACCUUGGGGACGAUGUCCAUGACGACGUGUUGCCAUCAGCAGCACAGGAUAUGGGCUCAGAGGCUCAGAUUCGCUUCCUGAAGGCCAAACUGCGUGUGAUGCAAGAGGAAAUGGACAGGCUGGGACAAGAGAUCAACAAAAAGGACGAAGAAAACAGUGAGCAAACAAUCAAAGUCAAAGAGCUGGAGGAGGAGAGGGGGCGUCUCACUAGAACUAAUGCAGCCCAAGGCACUCAGAUCGACAAAUAUAAGAAAAUUGCGGAGGACAGUAAAACUAAGACAGAAAGUCUGGAGACUCAGCUUGCCGCCACAAAAAAGGAACUAGAUCAAAUGAAGAGGACUCAGAAACAGCAGGCUACAACACAAGGUGCAACGGAGGUGAGACUGAACCGAGCGCUGGAGGAGAUUGAGAAAUACAAAGAACAGAUGUCACGCACAAAGACUUCAUCAAGGGAAUCGGCUGACUCAGAGAAACGUCGAGUUGAUCAGCUGCUUGCAGACAACAAACGUCUAGAGAAGCAGAAGAAUGAGCUGAUGGCGGGAUUUAAGAAACAGCUUAAACUGAUAGACAUCUUGAAACGACAAAAGAUGCACAUAGAGGCUGCCAAGAUGUUGUCAUUUUCAGAGGAAGAAUUCGUAAAAGCAUUAGAAUGGGGGAGUUAAAUUCUAAACCAAAAGUUACAAAAAGCAACCACAUCUGGAAGUUGAAUUUAACAGCUACUCAGGAUAACAAGACAACACAGAAACAUUCAAUAGUAGAAUGACAGAACCCUUUGACAGUGAAAAUAGAUUUAUGAUACCAAAGUUGAAACUUGUGCCAUAUUGGCAAAGUGUGUCAAAUAUAAGAUUGUAAAUGGAAGUCUACAGAAGUGUUUCAAAUUAUAUGGAGUUUUGAUUUGUUAUUAUAAUAAAUGUAAUUUAAUUUA